GAAUAACACAACUAGACAUUUUCUUGCUUUCUCACAAAACCGUUGUUGACUUUCUCUCUCCAUCUUCAAAAACACCCACCCAAUAAAUAGUGUUAGCCAACACGCUUUUAGGGAUUUCACCAUGAUUUUGCUUCAAUAAACCCAGAAAUCAUCUCCACUCUAACCCUUUUCUUUCAACAAAACCCAUUGCCAUUCAAACCCACUUCAUCUUCUUCAAUUCUCGACAAAAAAACCAUCUUGAAAGCUUCAAUUGUGUCUGAAUUUGGUGGCCCAAUAAUGGCCGAUCAAGAAGGAGGAGAUUUGGUGAGUCAACUCGUUGACUCAGUCAGAGAAAUUUCAGGGUUACCCGAGUGCAGAAACGCUGUAAGGAAGAUGUAUGGGAACUUGAUGAGGAGAGUGAAGCUUUUGAGCCCUUUGUUUGAGGAACUUAAAGAUAGUGAACAACAGCUUGAUGAUGGUGAUCUUAAAGGGCUGCAGGCUUUGAGAGUUGCUUUGAAUUUGGCUUUGGAGGUUCUAAAAUCGGUCAAUGAUGGCAGUAAGAUUUAUCAGGCGCUUCAAAUCGAGAAAACCGCAGGGAAGUUUCAUGCAGUAACAACACAGAUUGAAGAGGCGCUGAGCCAAAUUCGUUAUCAAAGACUCAAUCUAUCUGAGGAAGUUCAUGAACAGAUUGAACUUGUGCAUGUACAAUUUAAAAGAGCGAAAGGGAGAAUGGAUUCUUUCGAUUUGCAGCUUCAGCGAGAUUUGGCUACGGUGAACAAGGGAAAAGAGCCUGAUCUCGAAACAAUCAAAAGACUAUCUGAAAAGCUGCAUCUCACAACGGUUAACGAUCUAAGGAGGGAAUCAACUGCGAUUCAUGAUAUGAUGUCAGCGACUGAUGGACGUCCUGAAGAAGAUUGCAUUGACAUGAUGUCGUUUCUUUUAAAGGAAGUUAAAGGUUGUGUGAUGUUGGGUAAUCCGGAAGUUGAUAUCGUGGAGGGGGAAAAGAGUGUGAUGAGGCAUCGAUCUCCUGUGAUUCCGGAUGAUUUUAGGUGCCCGAUAUCUCUUGAAUUGAUGAAAGAUCCCGUGAUUGUGUCGACUGGGCAGACGUAUGAGAGAUCGUCUAUUCAAAAAUGGCUCGACGCUGGACACAAAACAUGUCCAAAAACUCAACAAACAUUGCUACACACGGCAUUGACUCCAAAUUAUGUCUUAAAAAGUCUAAUUGCUUUAUGGUGCGAUAGUAACGGUGUUGAGCUUCCUAAAUCUAACAACAAACCAGGACGAAGCGGUUCAGAGUGCGAUCGAACGGUGAUCGGCUCGUUGCUCCAAAAACUUGUGAUUGGGGACUCGGAUGAACAACGAUCGGCUGCUGGUGAGCUUCGGUUAUUAGCCAAAAGAAAUGCUGAUAACCGAGUAUGCAUAGCCGAAGCCGGAGCUAUUCCGCUUUUAGUAGAAUUAUUAUCAUCUCGAGACGGUAGAACUCAAGAACAUGCCGUCACCGCCCUCUUGAAUUUAUCAAUAAACGAGGCUAAUAAAGGGAUCAUCGUGAGCGUUGGAGCAAUACCCGAAAUCGUCGACGUUUUAAAAAACGGGAGUACAGAAGCUCGAGAAAACGCAGCCGCCACCCUUUUCAGCUUAUCAGUGGUGGACGAAAACAAAGUCGCCAUCGGUGCCGCCGGCGCAAUCCCGCCGCUAAUCGAUUUGCUCCAAGAAGGGACACCUCGAGGAAAAAAAGACGCGGCGACCGCCAUUUUCAACCUAUGCAUCUAUCAAGGAAACAAGGUUCGGGCAGUCCGGGCAGGGAUUGUACCACCGUUGAUGAGACUGUUGAAAGAUGCCAGCGGCGGGAUGAUGGAUGAGGCGUUGGCGAUUUUGGCGAUACUUGCUAGCCACCAUGAAGGGAAGAUGGCUAUUGCGGAAGCGGAUCCGAUGGAGGUUUUGGUGGAGGUGAUUCGGUCUGGGUCGGCCCGGAACCGGGAAAACGGGUCAGCGGUUUUGUGGUCUUUGUGCGCGGGUGAUAUUCGGCUGUUGAAAAUUGUGAAGGAGCUUGGGGCUGAAGAAGUGUUGAAGGAACUGUCUGAGAAUGGAACUGAUAGAGCAAAGAGAAAAGCUGGAAGUGUGCUGGAACUUCUUCAAAGAAUUGAUUCUGUUGAAACAGUAGUUGGUUAAUGUUAAUAACUUAAUUAAUAUAUGUGAUUUUAUGUUAUAAUGGUGAUAUUUUUUUCUAUAUAUGAAAACUUGGAAGGAUGAUAAUUUAUAAAACUAUUGAAGUUGUAUAAUAUUGAAAGAGUUGGUAUUGUAUGUAAAGUGAAGAAAUUUCUUUUUG